AUGCCUUCAAAAUUAGCAAAUAAUAAACAGAUUGAAUUUCCACAAAUAACUUUUGAAGACAUAAUUCGAACAAUUUCUAAUGAUUUACGAUUUUUUAGUUAUGCAGUUAUUUAUUCUCGUUUAACACCUAUUUGGUUAAUAUUUUCUAUAAUUAUUUUGUUAGCAGUUUUGGCAUCCUCUCCAGCAGGUGGAGGAUUUCCAAUACUUAUUUUUACAAUUGUUUGGCUUUUAAUGUUAUUGUUAGGUUUAUUACUUUGCGUAUUUAUUCGAAAAUAUAUUGUUCUCUCACUAAGAAAUUUAAUGAAAGAUGUUAAUAAAAUAAGCUUUUUACAAUAUAAAAUAUUGAUAGGCGUUCAAGAUAGAGGACAAUUAUCUUGCCAUAAAGUUGCGUUAAUGUUUAUUUUUCUCGAUCCAAAUGGUUGUAAAGAAGAGAUUAUAAAACAAUUGCGUAUUUAUUAUGGAAGAUUCUCCCCAACAGCAACACAAAAACCCUUUACUGAAGAUGAACUUCUUUCAGAAGCAGAAAAUUUACUUUGCCAUUAUUCUCAAGAAUAUGCUAAGGCUUAUAUGAAAAGACGUUUUAUUCUCCCAGCUAGACCAACGGAAGGUGUUUCGGAAUAUAGACCAAAACAUUGCCAAAGAAAUUUAUGUCUUUGCCAAUUUAUUGAACGAGAACACUUCAAUAAGAAAAGUGAAAAAGAAUCAGCUCCCUGGUAUGAGAAACUCUUUGCUCCUUAA